AUGGCUCCGUCGUCUUCACGCCGGUCUUUGCUUCUUCUCGCCUUAGUUUCCAUCGGAUGCCUGUUUGCAUCAUCUGUUGCAAAAGAGGAAGGGACCACCAAGUUGGGGACAGUUAUUGGGAUUGAUCUUGGAACAACUUAUUCGUGUGUUGGUGUUUACAAGAAUGGUCCUGUUGAAAUCAUAGCAAAUGACCAAAGUAACCGUAUCACUCCAUCAUGGGUUUCUUUCGCUGAUAGUCAGAGACUCAUUAGUGAGGCUGCAAAGAAUUUGGCAGCUGUUAACCCUGAGAGAACCAUCUUUGAUGUUAAGAGACUUAUAGGAAUAAAAUUUGAAGAUAAGGAAGUUCAGAGAGACAUGAAGCUUGUUCCUUACAAGAUUGUUAACAAGGAUGGAAAACCAUACAUUCAGGUCAAAAUAAAGGAUGGUGAAACCAAGGUGUUCAGUCCUGAGGAAGUCAGUGCUAUGAUUCUGACUAAGAUGAAGGAAACCACUGAAGAAUUCCUUGGCAAGACAAUCCGUGAUGUUGUCGUUACGGUCCCAACUUAUUUCAUUGAUGCUCAGAGACAGGCCACCAAGGAUGCCAGUGUCAUUGCCGGUCUCAAUGUUGCUAGAAUCAUCAACAAACAGCAACAGCCUCCAUGGAACCUGCACAACACUAGGACAAACCAUUAA